AUGCGGGGAGAGGAGCUGGCGUCGGAAAGCAGUGGAGGUCCCUCCUAUGGUUCAUCGAAGAUGCUCAGGAAAGCAAACUCGCAAUCGAGUCUGCUCAAGCGCUACUCAAAUGCGAGCGUCACGUCGUCAGUCACGUCAGGGUCAGGGUGCCAGGAUGAACCGGUUACGGGCAAGGCCACCUCGUCUCCGCUGGCGAAGAUACCGCGCAAGCAACGCUCCUUCCAUCAUUCCCGCUUGCCCAUCCCGCCGCUGCCUACGCUGCGCCAUGCUAAUUCCUAUACAACCGCUACUCCUGAGCCCACGUCGCCAUUCCCCACGACACCAACGUACGAUCAGCCACAGCAGUCUCGUCGCGGCAGCAUCACCAGCCCGGGAGGCACGUCGUCGGCGCGAAAACGUUUGUUUUCCGGCUCAAGCGCGCGGCGGAGCACGUCUUCACAGGCGCCCCUCAGCCCGUCCUUGUCCGGCGAGGACGACGUGCGCUCGGUGUACAGCAUCGAGGAUACGCGUUCCACCACUCAGAGGAUCGCUAUGUCGUUUGGAAGCCUUGGGAACCCGCUUUCUCUUUUGACGAGCAACGCCUGUGUCGCUCCGUCGUCAUAUAUUACCGACACCAAGGAGGAUGCUGGUGAUGAGAGUUAUAUCAAUGAGAAGAGGGUGUCACAGUCGGAAUACGUCCCUCAGCACAUUAUGCCCCCUGCGGAUAUGCUCAAGCUUGAGCAGCAGCUCGCCCAGGAAGCAGAAUCAGGAGGGUAUCGUGGGCACCAAUUCCGUCAUCUCGAGCUUGAGAUCAGCGAUCUAGGCGAUGCUCUCGUUGGAGGGAGGAAGAAUACAGACACUCGGAGUAUCAGGUCCAAAGCGGCGUCUAGGUUGUCGACGAUGUCAGCAGGAACGCUUGCGUUCGGUCCUACCAUUGGCGAUUCGAGUGACAGGAUGUCGCUGGCACCGUCUACACGUAGCGCAGCUCGACAUACUGCGUCUCCGGCCAAGGCCAAGGGUCGUGUAAUAGAGAACUUGCAGACGUCUACUCGUAGCAGCUCUGUGCUAGGUCAGAAUUCGCUCAAGCCGCCACUCACCGUGCGCCCCUCAACAGCACAACCGAGCCUCCCUUCACCUUCCUACUCGACGUUCUCGUCUGCCCACUCUCCGCCACAGAGCACGAUCAGUCUCCCACCUCCGCCCCGUUCACGCGCGUCGCAGCCGCACACCCGACGCGCUCAUCACAGCACGGACAAAAGGUCUAGUGUUGUCCCGCUUCAUCCGCUCUCUCCCCCUCCCCGCAAAAACCGUUCACAGCCCGGGGGCUACGAUAGUACCGGCCAAGCGUCGCAUCCGCCCAGCGCGUUCGAACAGAAAGUGGCACAACGCCGCUCGAUUAUGAAGAAACCCUCAUUCCUAGACAUCGACGAUGAGGCAGAUCAAACGAUGGAGAGCCUGUCGGAGGCAGAGGAACACGUGUCACCCUCGUCCCCGCCUAUGGAGAGUAGUUUCUUAGACAUGGAAGGCAAAGAUUCGUUUGACACGGUUCGCAGUAGCGAUAGUUUGCUUUAUCUAGGAAGUUAG